AUGGAAUCGCGGCUUUGUAAGAGGAUAAUACAGAGGGAAAAAGAACUCGAAAGAGCAGCAGAGCACAUCAAGGAUGAGACACAGGAGCUCCAUAAGGAUACUGACUCACACUCUGACCCACAAAUAAGACAGACAGCUGAAUUUGUCCAGAAGAUGAGUGAGGAGAUCCUGGAACAGAAGGAAAGACUCUCUGACAAAAAGGCGUCAGUGAAAGACACAUGUAGAGAAGUGAAGAUAUUUCUACAUCAAAUCACUAACUUAGCUGGGGACAAGUUGCAGUCUCUAAGCGAGGAGGCAAAACUGAAACUAGACUCCUUGAUCAAGAGCUUCUGGAAGAUGAGAGCCAGUAUGUGGAAACUCAUCUUCUGUGUUCUCCUGCUGCAUGAACUGAGAGAUGUGUUUGAUAUACUGAAGUCUGAAUCCUGCUUCAUCUCCCUCAGCAGAGGUAGACUCAAGUAUGCAUUUAAGAUGGCGUCGAUGUUGGCCUUAUGGUUGUCUCGAGACGUUGAGACAAAUCCUGGGCCACAUUUCAAUGAGAGAACAUGCGUAGAGAUGUAUGUUCGUCGGUUAUCACUGGCUCUCAGAGACGACCUUGACACUGAUGGUAGAAUCUGGUCCAAGCAAAUUGCCGAAGAGGCUUACAACGCUGGAUUUUCAAGGAAUUUGAGAUGGACCAAUCCCUCUUCGGGGAAGAAGAAAGACAGCUUGCACAAGCUGAAAGAGAGGGCAAAGGAACUAAUCAGGCUGUUGUCCGCUAGGAACUGUCUCCCAUCAGACUUGCCAGCUUUCACUGAUCUCGAUCAACAAGAAACAUUAGACGGACUAAGGAAGUACCUGGAGGUAAAGCACUUCGAGACUGCUGCAAACGUUCUGCUCAAUGAGCCAGACAUCACAACCUCACUCAAAGAGAAAAUUCGUCUCUCGAUACAAUUAGCGUUGGAGGAAAUUUCAAAUUCUAAUCGAAUGAUACAUAAUCCCCCUGCAAGACCACUUUCAGUUUCCAAUGUCAACGAGUUUCAACAAUUAGCAGACCCACAGUGUCUGAACGACAGUGAAGGUGAGGGAACCACAUUACGACAAAAUGAGUCCAGCACCGACUGUCCUGUCAGUCCGAGUCCACUAUCAACCAGCAUGGACACACAGAGGCACGAAGGGGACAACCGGGGCCUGACAAACAGAGUAUGUACACAGUCUGCCACCACGGACACACUGCAGGACGAAGCCAGAAGGGUAGAGGGAAGUACAGGGAGUGGCUUUGCAUGUAGGACGUCGGAUGAUAAUCAGGAAAACAUCAUGGCAGCCACGCCGUGUACGCCAGAAACUGACGUUUCACCGAGUCAUGAAGAACAAAGGGAUGUCAACAUCGUGUGGCCAUCUGACAGUGAUUCAUUUGACAGAGCUGAUGAUGUUGAAGCCUCUCAUCCAAACACAGAUGCAUCUGUAAAUGUAAAUACACCACUCAUAAACACCCGUGACAUCACUGUCCCUGCAGAUACAUCUGAUGAGGCUUUACUGGCAGAUAUUAAACAAUUUCUACUCAUAAACACCCGUGACAUCACUGUCCCUGCAGAUACAUCUGAUGAGGCUUUACCGGCAGAUAUUAAACCCUUGCUACCCUUGUACGUUGGUGAUGCACCUACAUCCCCCACAGUCACCUUUGACGUGACUGAUGAUGUCUCCCGCCCUACAAGUACAUCCGAUCAGGAUAUACUGCCAGACUUGGAAUCUGGGCCAUCCCGUGUCUUGAACGUUGAUGAUGUAAAUACAUCACACAGACACGCACCAAAUGCUGAUUACUCUCCUUGUGAUGAGACACAGAGCGCUGUUCCUGCAGCAUGUGCUGGUGGCUGUGAAGGCGAUAGCACAAAUGCAUCUGAACCCCUACUGAAGGUAUCCCCUGACAACAACCAGGUGGAUACAGUAUGUGAAGGUGUGUAUGAAACAUUUGGAAUGGAGGCUUGUGAGGCAACACCUGAGACAGACACAAACACUUCUGAAACAACAGAAACUGACACACAUGCUUGUGUGACAACAGUUGAAACUGACACACAGGAUUGUGUGACGAGAGAAACUGACGCACAUGCGGGUGUGACGACAGCCGCUGAAACACAGACGUGUGUGACAACAGCUGAGAUCAGCACACAGACGUUUCUGGAAACAGCCGAAACACGCACACAGACAUGUGUGACAACAGCAGAGGGAGACACACAGACCUAUAUCGCAACAACCGACACAGACACGCAGACAUGUGUGGUAACAGCAGAGGGAGACACACAGACCUAUAUCGCAACAACCGACACAGACACGCAGACAUGUGUGGUAACAGCAGAGGGAGACACACAGACACACGUGACAACAGCAGAGGGAGACACACAGACCUAUAUCGCAACAAUCGAGACAGACACGCAGACAUGUGCGACAAAAGCUGGAACAGGACAAACACCAAGGUCUCUCGGAAACAGCCUCAACCAGGUUGAUAGUGACGAGUCUGAGAUGUCGCCUGGGAGAAGCUGUGGCACAAGCAGGAAACGGAAACAACAGCUGCAACAUCUCCCUAGCAAGAAAAGACGGAUUUAGAAGGCCUGGUGUCUGAUCUGGACUCAAUACGUUUCUACAGCAACGAGAUAUCUAGUGACUAUGUGUGCUCUGAAUUGUUACGUUCAGAAGGAUAUUUGACAUUUACAUCCAAAUUUACAUCAUCAGAAACAAGAAAACUGAUUUCAGGACAAGGAUUGUUCUUCUGAUCCUUCAUUAUCUGUAGUCAUGGUGAUAUUCAUGGUGGCAAAAUACUAGUUCUUAUGAUUUUUAUCAGGUAGAUGAGGUUAUCAUAUGAAUGUGAUCAUGCUGAUAUAGAACAGUGUAUCUCCUAUACUCAACACAACUUUCAGUCGGCAUAUAACCAUCACGUCUGGUUUUUCGGUUGUUGUUUUUUAGUUAUUGUUUGUAAGUGCAAAUCUAUGUUGAACACUUGACUGUAUUUUAACACGUUCCUUUCCACAUUAAAUUAAGAUAUAUAUUUAGAUAUUUACACUUGAAAUAUGUAAAUAGAUGUAAUAAUGUCUGUUUAAAUGUGAAAGACACAGCCACGCCCCCUAAAAUGGACGAUCCGCCGGCUUAUGUUAGUCCAGCCUGUACUUUUACCCAAGUCGAAAAGCUGGUGAACGUUUUGUGUGAAGAAUGUGUGUCUUACACAUGAAAGUACCUCUCGCCCUAUGACACUGUAUAUCCAUCUCUUAUGAAAUCCACACAGAUAAUACAAAUGGUUGGUGCCCGUUAAAGUAUAUGUGUUUAUAACAAACGGCUACAAAUUAGCAAAUACAUGAUACUUUUCAUCAUGAAUGAAUUGCCCUAUACGGUCAGAGGUUAACAGACAGACAUAUACUAUAUAGCAUGAGGUGGGACAAGAAAUAGCCCUGUUUGAGUGAGUGAGGAUGUAUUGUUUUACACCGCUCUUAGCAAUGUUCCAGCAAUGUCAUUGGCUGCACACACUCUCCUAUGUAGGAAUUCGAACUCAGGUGUUCGGGUAACGAGCAAAUGCUUUAGCCACUGGGAUACCCCACCGCCCAAUAUUAUGAGAAGAACCGUGUGGUUUUGUCCAAAAUUUCAUGUGGGCUGUAUGAUGAUGUCCACAUAGGCUUUAUAAAUACAAUUCACAAGUAAUUGAUCAUUUAUUUCUAACGGGACGUUCUUUUGCGACAUGCAGUCAAAAACUGUUGUGUCGAACGUAAGGUUAUCUCGAAGUCAAGGUUAUCUCGAAGUAAAAGUUAUCUCGAGGUAAAGGUUAUCUCGAAGUAAAGGUUAUCUAGAAUUAAAGGUUUGUUCCCCCUUUACGUUUUGUUUAAUCAUUAUUAUUUGGUUAUCGUCAUUUUUGGUUGCGUUUACCAACGGAUAAAUCGAAGUAUCUAGCUAGCUCCCGUUAAGUUCGACACAACAGUGUUUAGUGUCCACGGCGAUAGAUUGAUCAUAUUUCACUUCAAAUCUUUGUUUCCCAUCAUUCCAGCUCUCAGAAUAUGCAUGAGAUACUCGCUUUACUCUAUUUCCAAAUGAAACAUAAUGUAUGUAGGUGCCAUGUUUCAUCCUUCCUCUUAAUUUUUAUGUGUAGAUAAGAUAUUAUUGGUGAAAUAAAUAUUUUAACCACA